AUGGACUGCGAGGCCAAGAAGGGCAAGAAGGGCUUUGUGUCACCCAUCAAGCGGCUGGUUUUCCCCAAAGCGGCUCGGAGGCCGGUGCUCCGCAGCAGCGUCUACCGGCGGCCACUACACUCGGUGCCCCUCUAUCCCCCCGAUUACCUGAUUGACCCCCAGAUCUUACUGCAUGACUAUGUGGAGAAGGAGGUGAAGUUUUUAGGCCACCUGACAUGGGUGACAGCCUCCCUGAACCCCUCCAGCCGGGAUGAGGUGCUGCAGCUGCUGGACACGGCCAGGCAGCUGAAGGAGCUGCCGCUGCAGACGACACCGGAGCAGGACAGCAUCCUCAGCCUCUCGGCACGCUGCCUCCUGCUCACCUGGCGCGACAAUGAGGAGCUGAUCCUGCGCAUCCCCACCCACGAGAUCGCUGCGGCAUCCUACCUGCGCGAUGAUGCCCUGCACCUCCUCAUCCUCAAAACCGGUGCGGGUGUCCAGCUGGGGCCACUGGCUGUGGCACAGCCAACCCCAAGCGCCCAGUGUCAUCAGGGCCUGGGGGGCCGGAGCCCAGGGGGUUCUGGGGAGCCACUCGCUGGCACACGGUCACCUGCCCACUCAUGGUUCCUCCCUUCCUCCCUCCCACCGCAGGAUGCUGCUGAGGAGUCCUGCGCGCUCAUCUGCCAGGUCUUCCAGAUCAUCUAUGGGGACCAGAGCAUCGAGUGCGUGGACCGCGCUGGGUACCACUACACCUCCACGCCCACGCGGCCCUGGCUCUCCAGCAGGAGCGAGAGCUGCCGCACAGACGGGACGUACGGCUACGACGCCGACUUCAGCUGCUGCAGCUCCUUCAAUGGCUCUCACGAGACCUUCGAAGCGUAUUACAGCGGCGCCUCCUCGCCCUCCUUCCGCCGCUCCCUGGCCACCGCCUGCAGCGGCAGCGACCAGAGCGGCGCGGGGCUGGAGCAGCUGCAGGACUACAUGGUCACGCUGCGCAACAAGCUGUCACCGCAGGAGAUCCAGCAGUUUGCCAUCCUGCUCCGCGAGUAUCGCCUGGGCACGCCGGUGCAGGAGUACUGCGGGGAGCUCCUGCGCCUCUAUGGGGACCGCAGGAAAUUCCUCCUCCUGGGAAUGAGGCCCUUCAUCCCUGACCAAGACAUCGGGUACUUUGAGACCUUCCUGGAGAGCAUCGGCAUCCGGGAGGGCGGGAUCCUCACCGACAGUUUCGGCCGCAUCAAGCGCAGCAUGAGCAACACGUCGGCCUCGGCCGUGCGCAGCUACGACAGCUGGUCCCUGCGCUCUGAGUCCGAGUCCUUCAACCGCAUGAUCACGGACAUCACCCAUGACAUUGAGGCACUGGCGCGGGAUGAGGAAGAGGAGGAGGAGGAGGAAGAGGACAACUACCUGUGA